CGCUUUCAGUAUGACUCAAGGCUUUUGAUAGAUCGUGUAUGACGUGAUAACUCCACAGCAGUAUAAACAAGAUGUCUGUGGAAUGAAGAUUGAUCGCGAAUACCGAAGAUAAAAGUGAAGUUAUUCGUUGCAAUAAAAGCGGACGCCGUGAUAUUGCUGUUUUAUUCGUGACGUAUAUUUCUGCGACUUUGACGUUAUGGCUGGUUAUUUUGAAGAAAUGGGCUGGAGGCCACUGGAUGACGGAGAAACGCCGAAUCUUAUGAUUCAAAUGGUGCGGUUUCUGCGGGAUUUCGGCACGUGGGACAUGCUCGGACAGGAUGAGAAACUUCCACCGCCGGCAUCGAAGGAGGCGGUGAAAAAUUUGCCGGAAAUUAAAAUCGAUUCCAAUGAGACCAAGCAGUGUCCGGUUUGCCUGAAGGAAUUUCAGACGGGCGAUAAAGCGAAGUCGAUGCCCUGUGGUCACACGUUUCAUCAAGAGUGUAUUUUACCGUGGUUGGAAAAAACCAACUCGUGUCCUCUCUGCCGAUACGAAUUGCCGACGGACGAUGAGGACUACGAAAUGUACAGGAAGGAAAAGAAACGAGCGGUGGAGAGGGAGAAGGACUUGGCAUCUUUGCAUAAUUCCAUGUUUACUUAAAAAAUAUAUCGAGAUCUAGCAAAAAAUUCUUUUAUUUCUUGUUAUGUUAGUUAGGGAUUAUCAAUGUUGAAAAUGAUUAUAUCAGUCGUCAGCAAGCGGCUUGGAUUACUGAUGGUCGGAAAGAGAAAGUGCCAGAUACACUGAUAUAUUCAACACGCAUUUGUAUGAGACCUGUAAAUUAUAAUUUUGUAAUUGAAAGAUAUGUGGAAAACAUGUGUAUAGAACGCAUAUUUUAUAUAUAUAUGUAUGUAUAUUAAAUAAUAUUAUGUAAUGUCCGAUUGACGACUGGGAGAUUGAUAAAUAAAGAGACGUGAAUUAUUAAUAGGAAAUAAUGUUUAUUAUACAGUGUACAUAUUUAUUAACUUCAUUUAUUUUAUUUCUGUUAUAAAUUUUAUAUUAAUAAUUGUAUUAUGCUUUUGCCGAGCGACGAAUGCCUUGAUCAGUGUGCGCUUAGACUAUAACAAUCUCCGUAAAAAGUAUAGAAACUUCUGAUUUUUA